AGCGCCAGGACACGCGCGGCGACGCGACCAGGAGCUGCCGGCCAGCCGAGCGUCCUCGCAGCCGCCGCCACACCGCGGGCCCUGCAUGCCAGGACGUUGGAGGUGGCCGCGAGACAUGCCGCCGGCCCGGAAGCUCCUCAGCCUCCUUCUCCUCAUCCUGAUGGGCACCGAACUCACUCAAGUGUUGCCCACCAACCCUGAGGAGAGCUGGCAGGUGUACAGCUCUGCCCAAGACAGCGAGGGCAGGUGUAUCUGCACAGUGGUUGCCCCCCAGCAGACCAUGUGUUCACGGGACGCCCGCACAAAACAGCUGAGGCAGCUGCUGGAGAAGGUGCAGAACAUGUCUCAGUCCAUAGAGGUCCUGGACAGGCGGACCCAGAGGGACCUGCAGUACGUGGAGAAAAUGGAGAACCAGCUGAGAGGUCUGGAGUCCAAGUUCAAGCAAGUGGAGGAGAGUCACAGGCAACACCUGGCCAGGCAGUUCAAGGCGAUUAAAGCGAAAAUGGAUGAACUUAGGCCUUUGAUACCUGUGUUGGAAGAGUACAAGGCCGAUGCCAAAUUGGUAUUGCAGUUUAAAGAGGAGGUCCAGAAUCUGACGUCAGUGCUUAACGAGCUGCAAGAGGAAAUUGGCGCCUAUGACUACGAUGAACUCCAGAGCAGAGUGUCCAAUCUUGAAGAAAGGCUCCGUGCAUGCAUGCAAAAACUAGCCUGCGGCAAGCUGACGGGCAUCAGUGACCCUGUGACCGUCAAGACCUCCGGCUCGCGGUUUGGAUCCUGGAUGACAGACCCUCUGGCGCCCGAAGGCGACAACAGGGUUUGGUACAUGGACGGCUACCACAACAACCGCUUUGUCCGGGAGUACCGAUCCAUGAUUGACUUCAUGAACACGGACAAUUUCACCUCGCACCGCCUCCCCCACCCAUGGUCUGGCACGGGGCAGGUGGUCUACAAUGGCUCCAUCUACUUCAACAAGUUCCAGAGUCACAUCAUCAUCAGGUUCGACUUGAAGACAGAGACCAUCCUCAAGACCCGCAGCCUGGACUACGCCGGGUACAACAACAUGUACCACUACGCCUGGGGCGGCCACUCGGACAUCGACCUCAUGGUGGACGAGAACGGGCUGUGGGCCGUCUAUGCGACCAACCAGAACGCCGGCAACAUCGUCAUCAGCAAGCUGGACCCCAUCUCGCUGCAGAUCCUGCAGACCUGGAACACGAGUUACCCCAAGCGCAGCGCAGGGGAGGCCUUCAUCAUCUGUGGGACGCUCUAUGUCACCAACGGCUACUCGGGGGGCACCAAGGUGCACUAUGCCUACCAGACCAACGCCUCCACCUAUGAGUACAUCGACAUCCCCUUCCAGAACAAAUACUCCCACAUCUCCAUGCUGGACUACAACCCCAAGGACCGCGCCCUGUAUGCGUGGAACAAUGGCCACCAGAUCCUCUACAACGUCACUCUCUUCCACGUCAUCCGGUCUGACGAGUUGUAGUCCCUCCGCCUGGAGUCCGAGGGUCCGAGUCCUCGCCCACGAGGAGAUUCCUUUGACACAGCUGCCAAAAUACUACUGCGAAGACUGAUUUUGUGGCUCAUCAGCAGUGUGGAUCCUGACGUUUGUGUGAUGGCGUUACCUCCGUGUUCCUCCAGUUCAAGCCAGCGGCACGCUUCGGAAGAAACCCCUGUAUUUGCAGCUGGAACUGCAGUCGAAGCCUCGCUGGCCCCCCCUCCCCACCCUCCCCCUGGUCAAAUAACAUACUAAAGAAGUAAGGCAAUGACUGUUGGCUAGUUCUCGCCGAGAAUAACCCACUGCUAGGAUCGCAUGGACAUUUUGUAGACGUGGUCAGCCCGAUGGGUGUGAUGGCCGGGCUCAGCCAGGGACCUCGGGCCAUGCGGGGCCGGCCAGGUCGACUUAGGGUAGUGUAGUUCACAUCUCAUCUCUGCUCUUGUUUCUUGGUGUGUGGCUGUCUCUUAGAUUAACUGUGCCGAGGCUCCACGUAGCUCCUGGACCCGUGUCUUAGUACUUAUCCGGCUGAUGGUUAAAAGUAUGCACAAUGAAGUCCUUGUACCACAUCAUUUGAACUUGCGUAUCAGUAGAUAUAUCGUGCAAUGUCCCUCCGUUGUUCCCCUGAGGUGGUAACUCUGUGUGUUCAGUUUAUGCAAUGAAUGUUGUAGAUGCAAUGCCGUAGUGUGGAUCGAUAAGUGGAUGGUUCUUGUUCCUAAAAAGAAAAUAAAUGAAUCAGUGUUCACCCUUAUAGAGACAUAAUCAAGUUCAUGUUGAUAAUAAUCAAAGAAAUUACUCCCUUCUUGUUGAAUUACCUAAAUAAUGUAACCAUGGACGCGAAGGGCUUAUCUAGGGAAACUUCCGUUUCCGUUGGGGAACGAAUGUUCGCAAGGGCAACAGCGUGAGGAAAGUACACUUUUUAAGUAAAAAAAAAAGAGGAAAACUUUGUACUAUCCAGUGAUCUAAGGAAUAAUAAAAAUAUUAGGAGAUGUUUUGGGUUGACUUGUCAUUUCUGAGCUUUUUAAAAGUGAUGGAAACUUCCGGAUCCUUGCAAAUAUG